GUCCUGCUGGUGCUGAACAAGGCAGAUCUUCUCCCCAAAGCUCUCCGGCAAAUGUGGGCCGACCACUUCGCCCGAAACGGAGUCCGCGCCGUCUUCUUCUCCGCCCUCCGCGAGCUGCAGCAGCAGCAGCAGCAGCAGCAGCAGCAGCAGCAGGAGGAGGAGCAGCAGCAGCAGCAGCAGGAGGAGUUGCUGAAGCGCGAAGACUUGGAGGGCGGGGCCGCUGCGGGGGAAGGGCUGGGGUGUACAGACAGCCGGGCGGCGGCGGUGCUGAACUGCGAAGAGCUGCUGGCAGUUCUUUCGGAGUUGAGGACUUCGCACUUGCUGCAGCGCAGCGCCGCCGCUGCUGCUGCUGCUGCUGCUGCUGCUGCUGCUGCAGAGCCCCCAGCGGACUUCGUGGUGGGCACUGUGGGCUUCCCCAACGUGGGCAAAAGCUCCCUCAUUAAUGCCCUUUUGGGGACCAAAAAAGUCGCUGUCUCGCAGCAGCCCGGAAAAACCCGCAGAGUCCAAACCAUUCCGCUCCCAGGCAGGGGCAUUUUGCUCUGCGACUGCCCCGGUCUGGUGUUUCCAAAAGUGGUGAAGUCGAAGCACUCGCUGGUGCUGAACGGAGUCAGUUCCAUUGACGAAAUGCGCGGAGACUACUUGGGCUCCGUGCAGCUCGUUUGCGACUCCAUUCCCCACUCCGUCAUCCGCCACUACGGGAUCACGCCGGCGGCCUACCGCGCCGCGCAAAAGCUGAGUCCCUACAGCAGCAGCAGCAGCAGCAGCAGCAGCAGCAGCAGCAGCAGCAGCAGCGGGGCGCUGCAGCAGGGGGCGCGGCUGGACGCUGCUGCGCUGCUGGCCUGCGUGGCUGCGCAGCGGCACUUCGUCUCCGGCGGCAGAGGCGGGCAGCUGGACCUCCACCGCGUGGCCAAACUGCUGCUGCGGGACUUCACCGCGGGGCGGCUUUGCUGCUGCCGCGAGCCCUCGGGGGCUGUCUUCGGAGCAGCAGCAGAAGCCGCGGCGCUGCAGCAGUUCUUGGCAGCAGCUUCCCAGUCCCUCGAGGACAAGCUCGCGGCGCCCCGCAGCAGCAGCACCGCAGCAGCAGCAGCAGCAGCAGCAGCAGCAGCGGCGCCCGCAGCAGCAGCAGCAGCAGCAGCAGCAGCAGCAGCUAGCAGCAGCAGCAGGAAGGGCAAGAAGACGCAAAUGAGUCCCGUGGAGGUCCUUCGGGAACUGGAAGAAGACGAAAAUUUGCUGCAAGUCGUUGGAAGCGCCGGCAGGCCGCAGAGCGGCAGUGUCGUCGUGACGAAGCGAAAGGCCCGCCAACUGCAAAAGCAGCUUCUGAAGGGAAAGGCCAGCAAAAGCUUGGGGACUUUUGCAAAUCGAAUUUGA